AUUUUGUCAUCUAAACCCUAACAUGAACGACAUAGAGGCAAUAGUUCGGCGACCGCUGCAAAAUGCUAUCUGAGCCCUAAUUUUAUAGUCUCGGCAAAUCUCUGGAAAGGGGACGGCAUCAAAGGAGACGAGGACACGACUUCAAAGGGCAGUCUCUAUCCGUUGGUCAUGGAAUCUACGGGAUUAGUUCGUUGUUACUAUUUCAAGAACGGAUGCAUUUGGCGAGGUAGUAAAUCAGCGCGCGACUUUCACGGAGAUAAUUGUGGAAUGGCUCCCGUUGGAUGCCCAUGUGGACAUCAGACAGUAAUUUCUAAAUUACUUCAGCAUGAAAAAGAAUGUCCAGCAGUGGCACUGGGGCUGGUAUCUGAGGAUGCGCAACCACGGGUAGAACAACAAAGCUACAGGCAUUCCGUACCUCAGUUUGACACUGGUGGGCUUCCCAUUAUUUUCCCCCCAGACAAAUCCAAUGCAAUGGCACUGGCAGCACUGGCGCUGGCAGCUGAGGAUGCACAACCACCGGUUGUUGCAAAUUGGACUCGAUUUUCUGGGAAUUUGGUGGAGUCCACCAUGGCAAUCCAUUAUAGAUAUACUAUAACCGAUCACUACCCAAAGGGUUGGAUAGAGCAAUUUGGGAAUGAAGAUAUAUCAGCAAGAUUUUUUCAGUACGCUAACACCACCGAGAACUGGCAGUUUGUUCUGAAUUCUGCAAGAAUCUCAGCUGCUGUAAAAACAAAGUACCUCCUGGCAACAAAACAAGUUCAUUUUAAUUCGGCCCUCAACCGAAUUAUACUCUGUCAUGACAAUUUUGAUGCCUUAUUCCUGCCAUGGAUUACAAGGAACCCAGAGAAAAAAACCAUUAUCGGUAUAGAUGGAUUCAUGGAUGACUAUUGGAUAAAAAGUAUAAAAAAUUUAUUGGAGACUCUUCAAACGAUCCAUGAAAAGAAGAUGGCACAUGGUAACGCUAACUUUUUUGAUUCGUAUGUUGUUAAUGAUGAUGAAAUGUAUCUGGUUCUCCCGAGUGUGGAUGGAAGCAAUAUGAACAAUGAUGACUUUGAAAGACACAAGUCAAAGGAUUUGCAAGGAUUAAAAUCCUUUUUACUGGCUUUGGCUGACAUGACCAAAUUGACAGAUAGACUUGGUGAUUGGUCAAGUUUCAUAAACUUGUUUGAUCAUCCCAGGAUCUCAGCUUCGAAGCUCAAAGACCAUCCUAUUUUUAUGAAUGGGCUUCAAAGAGCCGGCUUCAUUGCUUCCGUCUGUGAUUUUUUGGAGUUCUCCGAAUUUAAAUUUCAUUCGCAGCUGCUGAAUGAGGUUUACACAGCAACUAGUUCGUGGUCUUCAGGUGGUUGGUACCAGGCCGUUGAAGGUCAUCCCGUUCCUAUGGCAGUUUUUCAUUUCAGGCCUGGUGACACCAAUUACCGAGAAUAUGAUGCUACUUGUGCAGAGGAUCUUUUUCGUUAUAUUAGAAACUACCUACACCAUGCUCGCGAAGACGCGAGACUGUCUGGAUUACCUUUUGAUAAAAAUGAUGCCGCUGCGGAGAUUUCCAGAAUGUUUCCUGCAUACGUAUCCUGUAUCUACACCACCCUGGUUCAAAAAUUCCCUAAUUUCAAUCUUUGGGAUACUUGAGUUUUUUUUGGCGGAUGGACAGUUUAACUGGUUAAACAGUUUUUUGCCUGCUACUUGACCGAUAACUGUGUGUGAGAGUGUUUAUGAUAUGUAAUCAAAGGUUUAAUACUUAGCUUAACUGGUUGAACAGGUUGUUUUGGCUGCUACUUGACUGGGAUAACUGUGAGAGUGUUUAUGAUAUGCAAUCAAAGGUUUAAUACUUAGGUUAACUGGUUGAACAGGUUGUUUUGGUUGGGAUAUUAAUACAAGGUGGUUAAAGUUCAAUUUUUCUUA